AAGUGUCUGAAGGGGCUUCUGCGUUGACCCCCAGGAUCUUGGCCAAGACGACUGAUGACAAAAAAACUAACAUACAUUCUUUGACGGCAGGCAAUUGAACCCAGGAACCACUUGCUGUGACAGUGCUAACCAGGAUUCAGCAUGUCAGCCAAAGACACUUUGAGACAUAAUAAAACAGCCAUUCAGUUAAUUCUGUCAGCAGAUCAGCAGUUAAUCCUCGACAAAGUUUAUGAAAAGGAGCUGAUAACUGAACGUGAAUACAGAAUAAUCAAGAGCAUUAACAAAGACAGCAGUGAAAGGACGGUUAUUGAGAUUGUGGAUAAAAUCAUGGAGAAAGGUGAAGCCAGAUGCAGAGACUUCCUGGAUCUCCUGAAAACUGAUGAAAUGAUUAAAGAGACUUACCCAGAUUUACAGGGUAUGGAGUUGAACUACACUCUCCAUCCACAGAGGCCAAGCCAAGAAAGUAGUUCAGCUGGCAACAGAGAUGAUGUGGCACCAGAGAGCGACGGGCAAAACCAGCAGUUGAACAGGAUCACCAACCUCUGUUUACCCAUGAGGAACUACCCUAUGGAAGGCAACGUGAGACGUGGAUCUGACAUAGAUGCUGCUAAUGCAGAAGCAAUUACAAGACCCAUCUCUGUUCUUGAUGAGACAGAGUACUACACUCUGACUCAUAACCCUCGAGGAUGGUGUGUGAUUAUCAACAUUGAGAACUUUACUGGAAUACAAUUAAAACGUCGAAAAGGAAGUCAGAUGGAUACAGUGGCUCUCACAGAAGUGUUCACUCGCCUCGGCUUCAAGGUGGACGUAGAGAAAGAUUUGACGGCAGAUGAGAUUCGAACUAAAGUACAAAACUUGGGCAGAGAGAAUUUUGUGGAUCAUGAUGCCUUGGUGGUGUGUGUGCUUUCCAGUGGGGAAGAAGGUGUGGUUUACGGAUCAGAUGAGUGUAUGGUUUCCCUAAGAGACCUGAGGUGGCCCUUCGCUGCUGACAGAGCUCCAACCUUGGCAGGAAAACCCAAACUGUUCUUCAUCCAGGCCUGUCAGGGUGACGGCUACCAGAGGGGAGCACUGCCCUGUUCUCCACAGCCAAGGCAGGGGGAGUUUAGCCUGCCUCAACCAGAGACAACGACCCAGGUAACAGUGGCCUAUGCUUCCAAAGAGGACAAACGACAGAGGCUCCUGGAGGAGGAUGCAUCUGUGCAUGUGUUAUGUGAGACACUGGCCUCUGAGGCUGACUUCCUGAUGGGCAUGGCUACCCUGCCAGGGUACAAGUCUUUUAGGAACACAACAACAGGCUCCGUUUACAUCCAGGAGCUGUGUAGGCAGUUGAUGAGAUCAGCAGGAAGCUCAGAGAUGGAUGACAUCCUCACUAUUCUGACACGUGUGAACAGGGAAGUCAACAAACUAAACCUUUUGACCUACAAGCAAAUGCCACAGCCCUACUACACCCUCACCAAGAGGCUCGUUCUCAAAUUUGUUUGCUGAUGGAGCUGAAUGUAAACCUCUGUAGGACCCACAUCUCUGGAUUUACAUAUGUGAGACAUGGCUGGGGGAUGUACAUAUGACUUUAUUGAUUCCACUGUGGGGGCGAAUACAUAAAACAGUGUAGUGUUUUUCAACAUGAGGCUAACAUCAUGGUUCAGUCAUUUUUUGAACAUUUACUUAAAUAAAAUACUUAAAUCUGAAGUUGACGAAGCUUCCUUGUUCAUACUUCACCUUAAAUAAAACACGCAAAUCAUUCUCUUCCAAACAUCAGAACCAGUCAGAUAAACUCAAAAGUGCACUGUCGUAAAACUGAAAUAAAUUAUUUGGUUUU